ACACGACUUCCGAUUGUUUUUAGGUAAUCAAAACAAUCAUGGCGACCUACAGGCAGGUCGGCAGGUUGUUCGGUAUUUCAGCAAGAUUGACGCGACCUCUUGCUGGUUGUGGACAUCAGAGUGCUGGGUUACACUGGCCUUCACACAUCACUGGAGUCUCAAAUAAAUGGCCACAAACGCCCCAUUGGGUUGUUCCAGGCAGGACCAUGUUUGUGCAGACACAGGACACACCAAACCCAAACAGUCUCAAGUUUCUUCCCGGUCGUGUUGUCCUUGAAUCGGGGACAAUGGAUUUUGCCGGACCCCGGGACGCACAUUGCUCACCCUUAGCCAGGCAGCUGUUCAGAAUCGAUGGAGUCAAGAGUGUCUUUCUUGGCUACGACUUUAUCACCAUUACGAGGUCUGAUGCAAGUAUGGAAUGGAGAGUCAUCAAACCUGAUGUGUUUGCUGCCAUUAUGGACUUUUUCACAUCUGGACUUCCUGUUGUCAAUGAGGACGGCUCUCCCAGUGCAGACACAGCACCAUCGGAUGAUGAUGAUGAAGUCGUCGCUAUGAUCAAAGAACUGCUGGACACUAGAAUAAGACCAACAGUCCAGGAGGACGGGGGUGAUAUUGAGUAUCGGGGGUUUGAGGACGGCGUCGUUAAGCUGAAGCUGCAGGGCUCUUGCACCAGUUGUCCCAGUUCCAUUGUUACACUGAAGGGUGGAAUCCAAAACAUGCUGCAGUUUUACAUCCCCGAGGUGGAUUCUGUGGAGCAGGUGAAGGAUGACGAAGAGGAGAUGGAUGCACAGGUUUGAACCACAGUGAAGCUCAUUUACACACAUUCCCCUUCCCCUUCACGUAGUCAUUCAGGGUCAUCUGCUUUAAUACAGACCAUAGCUGCAAUAAAAAAAACUAGUUUUGUUUUUUUUUUCAGUGCAAGUGUGUGAAAGACCUCGAUGGUUGUCAUUCAUGUCACACUGUGACACUGCUUGUUUUGUUGUUGUUGUUGAUGAAUAAGAAAAGUAUCUCACCGAAUAAAGGACAGAGCAGAUGACUGUGGUUCUCAAA